CGCCCUCUCUCUCGCUUCCUUUGCCUGGAGCGCCCGUAUUCUUGUCUUGUAGUACUGCCUGUUCCGUAUACCACAGGCGUCCCCUCGUCCUUCAACAUGACGGACAAGUCGGUCAAGUAUCGUACGGAAAUCCAGCAGAUGAUGUUCGUCUCUGGUGAGACGGCUGAACCAUCUGCUGAGACAACCUCUCUUAUCGAACUCAUUGUCCAACAACAAGUACAGGAAAUGCUACGUGAAUGCACUAAUCUCGCCAACCGGCGCGGUAGCCGCAGUAUUUCCACUGACGAUCUUAUGAUGCUCAUCCGUCACGACCGUGCAAAGAUUAGCCGUCUCCGUACCUUCUUGCAAUGGAAAGAUGUCCGGAAGACGGCAAAGGACUCUGAGGAAAAGAACGCUGGGGCUGAAGAUAUUGGAGCCGAAGACAUUGGCGUCGACAUCGCGACCACAGCCCCCAAUCCCGCCACUAAGACGGCGGCGGCCAAGCCAGCCGGCUCCAAAAAGGCUGUCGACCUAGUCUGGGACGUGCAAUCCUACUUCAACGAAUCGGUACCCGCGCGUGACGAUGAAGAAGAUGAGGAAGAAGAAGAGAUGAACUACGCGACCAUCCAGCGUCUCCGCAACGCCGACGAGCGCACCAAGAACAUGACGCGGGAGGAGUACGUGCACUGGUCCGACUGCCGACAAGCGUCCUUCACUUUCCGCAAAGGCAAGCGGUUCCGCGAGUUCGCCGGCUUCGGCACCAUCACGGACAGCAAGCCCAAUGACGACAUAAUCGAUAUUCUCGGCUUCCUGACCUUCGAGAUCGUGCAGACGCUGACCGAAGAAGCCCUCAAAGUCAAGCAAGUCGAGGAUGCCUACCGCAAGUCGAUCGGCGGUGGUGGCAGCGGCGGCGGGGAUAGCCAGGGCGGCCCGGGCGGCAACCGCAAGCGCAAGCGUGAGUCCGGCCUCUUCGACCCACCGGAGGAGGCUCGCGAGCCCGUAGGUCCUGGCCAUGUCCGCGAGGCGUUCCGCCGCUUGCAGCGGAUGCCCAAGAAGAGUAGGGCUAUGCUCAACUUUACUGGCCUUAUGCAACGCAAUUCGCUCAAGCUUAUAUAACCGCGUUCGCCGCGCUAAGAGCAGAUUUAAAACUGCGAAGGGGCAAAACACCCUUCCUGCCAAUCCACUUUGCCUCUGCACCUUACGCACCUCAAGCCAAAACCAACCCUGACGCCCCGCUAAAGGUAGAUCCGCAACUGCGAAGAAGCAAAAUACACGCUACCUCUCUGCUCUUCACCUCAACCAUUUCAGCACCAAAUAGCAAAAGACAGAAAACGCAGU